UGUCACACAGCACACUCAUUUUACAUUUCUUGCGCGUUAACACUCAAGCAAACUUCGGUAAGCAUCUGGACGCUUGCUUUUCUUCGAAUUGAAGGCUUGUAUGUGGCUUACCCAAGAAUUGGCUGUAAAAAAUGUUUUCGCUCACUACCACAGGGGUUGCCGUUAGUUUUGCUUUUUUUAUGUUUCGUUCAUGUGUGGCAACGAUCGCUGAAUACAUGCCCUUAUUCAUGGCACAAUUAGGAUACAGCACAACUUAUGUCGGUUUGGUCCCUGUGCUUGGUUUCGUCACUCAAGUGAUAGGAAUACCGAUCGCAGGAUAUUUGUCUGACAAAUUUCGCAUGAGGAAGCACCUGCUGCUUAUAUGUAUCCUUUUGUCGAUUCCCAGCACCUUGCUGUUUCUGGCACCGAAAGCGCCUGAUUUAACCUGCGAAGAAUCAUCAUCGGGAAAUAUCACAGAAUCAUUCGGAAACUCCAGUAUUGUUCAUAAUUCUGUAAUGAACGCAUCAUCUGCUGAAAAAAAUGUCGAAAAUCCUUUGGGGAAUAGCGAGACGAAAUACGACGGCGAUAUGGUAAAAUUCUUUUUGAUUAUACUUUUCUUGCGUGGUUUUUUCGAACUGGUUAAACGACUUUCUGUUACAUUAAUUACUGUCGCCGCUGUGACACAUGUUAAGCAAGAUAAAUCAAAAUUUGGAUUUUAUGCAUUUUGGGGUGAAAUUGGCGCCGGAAUUUCGCUCUUCAUUGUUGGAACGUUGGCAGGCCACAUACCCCAUUUGGUCUGCGGGAAAGAAGUCCCAAGUUAUUACGUUGUUUUUUUCUACGCGGCUGCGGUACAGUGUAUGACUUUAAUUUCUUUGCCUUGGUUAGAAUACGAGUAUCUUGAAAAACGGGUGGUGGAUUAUGAAGAAGUCAAGUCGGUCUUGUCAAAACCUCAUUAUAUUCUUGUCCUGUUCAUUUGCGCGCAUGCAGGUUUCUGUACUGCGUUUCAAUUGCGUUGGGAAUUUUGGUACAUGCGGCACUUGGGCGGCACGCCGGUUGUAAUGGCAGUUGGUGGUUUACUCAGACGGCUUCUAGUUGGUGUUUGGUACAUCAUAUCCCGUGUUAUCAUUGGAAAACUUGGCGAAUUGUAUGUCAUAGCAAUUUCACUGUUUCUAUUUGCCGCCUCGUUUGCUGGUCUAGCGUUUACUGAAAAUGCUUGGCUGGUGAUAUUCCUCGAUAGUUUUCAGUCUGUUUCGUUUGUCCUAACUUAUGCGUCUUUGGUAAUUCACUUUUCAAAAGCGGGAUCAAAGGCAUCGUCUGCUUUUUUUCAAGGUGUGGUGAACCUAACUUUUCAUGGAAUUGGCAAGGAACUUGGCUCCGCAGUUUUUGGAAUCUGUUUUGAAGAAUUUGGUACAAGAUUAAGUUUCUGUGGUUUCUCUGUUGUCACUGUGGCUUGGAUGGCGGUGUUUACUAUUUAUAUCUUCUGUGCUAAAGAUGUUCAUAGUUACCAGGAGGUCCCACGGGAGGAAGAAGUUAGUGAUGAUGAUCGAGAAAUAAAGUGAAGUUGAUGCGGAGCAUUUGCACUGAUAAUAUGCCGCUGGCGGAUCUGGGGGUAGUCAGAAUAAAUUACACAGCUAAAUUUUGAAUUCAAAACACCUUAAUAUUUUUAAAAUGAAAAGGAUAUUUUUAAAUAAAAAUCUAUUAGGAUUUUAAGCGAUUGCGAUUUCAAGCUGUAAUAAUUUAUUCUGAUCACCCCCAGAUCCGCUACUGUAAUCUGUUAAAAAUAUUUCCAGGUGUUUAAAUUACGUUCUUAAGAUAUGAAAAAUAGAAUUCUGAAGAUAAAAUAGAAAUCGAUGUAAAUUCGAGUAAACCCUCAUGAUUGCGUGGUGGCCAUUAAUUUUUUACACAUCUCUUAUAUUAUUUAAGGAUUUUAGCACUCUGUAUGUACGUUAUCCGGUUUUAUAUGCACGAUUUCAUAAACAAGGAACGAGAAGUCCAGUUCAACUGUCCUUAAUAACAAGGCUAUUGCAUGGUUAUUAGUUUCAAUACAAUAUGAUUAGAUAAAAAAU